CCAUGGUCCCUCUCAAACCCGAGUUUUGGGGCGGCCGGGGCUCGCAGCACCCCUCUGGCUCGCAGCUCCGCCCCUGCCGGUCCCGGAAGUGACGCGCAGCGGCUGCGAUGACUACGGCGUCUGGGAGGGGCCCACUAUGGGGGUUUGAGUGUGGCGGCUGCAGCGAAGCGAGAGAUAGGCCCGGAUUCGGCGAGGAACGCCCCGAGCGCGCGCUCGACGGGUAGCGGCCAGAAGACCCGCGCGCUAGCCGCUGGGCCGCUGCCGCUCGCCACGUGCGGAGGCGGGAGGACCGCGACAACUGCUGCGGCAGCGAGAGAUGCGGCCGGGUGCGGGCACUCGGUGGGCUCGGCUCAGCCGUCGCCGCCUUCUGCUCCGCUGCGGGGUUCGCAGCGGGUGCCGCGCCGUCCUCGAGUUCUCUGCGUGAGGAGGCUGCUGGCGGAAAGGCGCAUCGUGUUCGAGGCAGAGACCGAGAGGGAGCGUCGCUGUUCGCUCACUGCUAUGGACAGUGCUAUCACCCUGUGGCAGUUCCUCCUUCAGCUCCUGCAGGAGCCUCAGAACAAGCACAUGAUCUGCUGGACCUCUAACGAUGGAGAGUUUAAGCUUUUGCAGGCAGAAGAAGUGGCUCGUCUCUGGGGGAUUCGCAAGAACAAGCCUAACAUGAAUUAUGACAAACUCAGCCGAGCCCUCAGAUACUAUUAUGUAAAGAAUAUCAUCAAAAAGGUGAAUGGUCAGAAGUUUGUGUACAAGUUUGUCUCGUACCCAGAGAUUUUGAACAUGGAUCCAAUGACAGUGGGCAGGAUUGAAGGAGAUUAUGAAACUUUAAGUUUCAGUGAAGUCAGCAGCAGUUGCAAAGAUGUGGAAACUGGAGGGAAAGAGAAACCACCUCAGCCUGGUGCCAAGACCUCGAGCCGCAAUGACUACAUACACUCUGGAUUAUAUUCUUCAUUUACUCUGAACUCUUUGAACUCCUCCAGUAUGAAGCUUUUCAAAUCUAUAAAGAUUGAGAAUCCAGCUGAGAAACUGGCGGAGAAAAAAUCUCCUCAGGAGCCAACCCCAUCUGUCAUCAAAUUUGUAACAACACCUUCCAAAAAGCCACCACUUGAACCUAUUGCCACCAUCAUUUCAACUAGCUCAAGUAUUUCUCCAUCUUCAGAAGAAACUUUCCAGGCUUUGGAGACUUUGGUUUCCCCGAAACUGCCUUGCCUGGAAGCCCGGACCUCAGCAUCCAGUGUCUCGACCACCUUUACCACCACACCUCCUGUUUCAUCCAUAUCCCCUUCUUUGCAGGAGCCUCCUGGAACACCUUCACCACCGCUGAGUUCUAACCCAGAUAUCGACACAGACAUUGAUUCAGUGUCUUCUCAGCCUAUGGAACUUCCUGAGAACUUGUCACUGGAGCCUAAAGACCAGGGCUCAGCUUUGCCAGAAAAGGACAAAACAAAUAAUUCAUCAAGAUCCAAGAAACCGAAAGGGUUAGAACUGGCACCCACCCUUGUGAUAACAGGCAGUGAUCCAAGCCCUCUGGGCAUAUUAAGCCCAUCUCUCCCUACAGCUUCUCUUACACCAGCACUUUUUUCACAGACGCCCAUCAUACUGACUCCUAGUCCCUUGCUCUCCAGUAUCCACUUUUGGAGUACUCUCAGCCCUGUUGCUCCCCUAAGUCCAGCUAGACUGCAAGGUGCUAACACACUUUUCCAGUUUCCUUCUGUACUGAACAGUCAUGGGCCAUUCACUCUGUCUAGCCUGGAUGGACCUUCCACCCCUGGCCCAUUUUCCCCAGACCUACAGAAAACAUAACCUAUGCACUUGUGGAAUGAAAGAACCAUGGAACGAAGAAGCAGAGAGACAAUCAUCAUGAUUACAUUUGAAGUGCACAAUUAAUAAUUCCACAAAGCUGAUAAUAGACUCUUGUGAUUUUUGACAUUCCCCAUUGAAUAGGAUUCCAUUUGAAUAGGUCUCAAGUUGGACUGUGUAUAAAAAUGCCUUAAUUGAAGUCCAAACUCCACUUCCUCCCUCCUUGCUUUCCUUCCUCCCUUUCUUUCUUUUUUACUAUUUUGAGCUUUGUGUUAAAGAAAUUUUUGGUGAGAUUUAGUCUCUAUGCUUUGCAAGGGCAAUUAAGAACCAAGUUACUCUUUCUGGCUAUUGGAACCCUUUGGCGAGGAAAAAAAAAUUAUGUUGAGUAUGUUAUUUAAAGAAAUAUUAGUUAAAUGAAAUUGGCCAUAUGUUUAGGACUAAGUGUGUGCUCUGUUGAACCACUAGAAGUGUGCUGUUUAUAAGCAGUGGAGGAAAAAGAAUCAUUCCUAUUCAUACAGAGUAAGAUUGGAGCAGUACUACUGGGAAUAUUAUAUUUUGCUGUGAACUGUGACAUAUGUAAGCAACUCCACAAAAAGGCACCUUGUUUACAUUUAUUCAGGAUGGGUCUCUUAGCCCUAUUCUUAGCCCUAUGUGUGAGCUUGUCUGAACCUGUCAAAAGAGCAUGGAGCUAGUCUGUUUCAGCAUAGGAAGCUUUUUAAACCUGGGCUUUAAGAUAGUGUUUAGAACAUCUAGUGAGACUAUGAUCCCGCCCAACACCUAGCAUAGAAAUGUCUGUUGUCUUUUGCCACUCACAUUCUACAGCAUGGUAAAUGAUGGCUGUUAUAAGAACCUAGGUUUUUGAAAAUUUAAGGCAUCUUUGAGGAAAGGAUUCAAGUGAACGAUUUGAAACAACAUGAAGGACUUUUUCCCAGUUAGAAGACACCCAAAAAAAGGACUCUCUUUUAUUUUCUGUUUAUUUUAUCUCAUUUUCUACUGUAUAUUUAUCUUCUUUCCUUUUACAUUUAAGGUUUUUAGAGGUUGUGAUAGUUUUAAAGAUGUAAUUAGGAAGGUGAAAUGCAAAGUUUGGUCUCCAAAUCAGGAGUGAGGUAAAGAUGUGCUUUUCUUUCCUUCCUUCUUUCUUUCCUUCUUUCCUUCCUUCUUUCUUUCCUUCUUUCCUUCCUUCUUUCUUUCCUUCUUUCCUUCCUUCUUUCUUUCCUUCUUUCCUUCCUUCUUUCUUUCCUUCUUUCCUUCUUUCUUUCCUUCUUUCUUUUCUUUUCUUUCUUUCUUUCUUUCUUUUCUUUCUUUCUUUCUUUCUUUCUUUCUUUCUUUCUUUCUUUCUUUCUUUCUAUUAGGAGCAGAGUUUGUUUGGGAAUGCUCAUACAUAGGGUUUGGAUUGUUUAUGGUAAUGGUGAAGAAUUUAUGUCUUCAUCUCUAAAUUAACACAUUUAUAGAAUAUUGCUAUAUAGUAAUCAAUGCCAGGUGCAGACAGAUUGUUGAUCCCCUGGCUGAAUUGAAAUCAUCAUCACAAUGGAACCUUUUGUUGAUAUAUUUUUGGCCUUAAGGUCCAGAGGAAAUUAUGUGGCACCAUUGCCACUACCAACCUUCCCAUCUAACUGUUCUUUUAACCUAGAAAUCCUGAGUCAUAUGAGCCAAAUGGAAUGAGGGAGUAGAGACUUGAGGACUCAAAAUGAGAACGAAACAAACCAGCAUCUUCCAGAUACAUUAUAGUCAAUUAAAUUUAUUUACAGUAUAGACGAGUUCUUGUAUAAGACAUCUGUGCUAGCUCAGUAGUAGUGGACGGAAAAUAUUCAGGGAGCUACCUUUAAUAUAUGCAGUGUUGGAGAGUUGUUACUGGUUCAUUUGUGGCUGUCAGUUGAAAUUUCUGUCCCUGAGAUGUGCAAUAGUGGUGUUCAAAAGGUAGUGUUCAGUAGUGAUGGGAAACACAUAUUGGACUUUGUCCUCAUAUUGAAUUACCUACUUUGCAUGCUUGUUUGAAAUUAAACUUCUCAGCAGCACUUUGCAAAAGUUUUGUUAGGUUAAUUAACAUCUUGUACUUUAAAUGAUAAGUAAAUAUUGAUGGCUUAAGUUAACAAGAAGUUUUAAAUUUUGAAAGCACAAAUGUUUUGUCUUUUUAAAUUAAAGGAAAAAAGCCAUUGGUUUGUUUUCAGAGAUAAUAUCUUUGAUAAUUCACUGUCUCAGCACAGAGGUGCCUGGGAACCAAGGGCACCAUUAAAACUCAGUAAAAGCGCAGCUUCGUAGCUUUAAUGAGCCCUCUUUCUGUAAACCUAUCCUUGAAGCUUCUGAGAGGUGUGAGGCCUUAAGAGAUUAAUGAUGAUCUGCCUUCUCUUUGAAAUCAGCUAAUAUGGGGAACUUCUGUGUGUGUAUUUGUGUGUGUGUGUGUGUGUGUGUGUGUGUGUAUUUUUUUUUUUAAUAAAUGUUUACAACCUUAGCUCGAGUGUAAGACAGACCGUUCUGUUUUUAGACUACCUCCUUCCUGGAAAAUCUUUUGAACAUCUACAGAGUUAUUAUCAUCAAAAGGUGACAUACUAUUUAAGAUCACAGUAUUCACUGAAGAGACUUACAUUUUGGUAGUUUUAGCUAGUAUCCAUCACUAGCCACUUUGCCAGCAUGAACGUUGUUGGACAACAGUAGUCUAAGUUAAAGAAGGUAAGUGGAUUGAAUGGGAUUUUGGAACAUCUGUUGUAGGUGAUUAUUUUAGCUUUUCUUCUGCUCUGGUCCCUGUUCACUCAGUGGUUUGCUGGAAAAUGUUUAACAAACAGCUCUUUUUGGAGGGGGGGGGGGCUCUGAAUUUGCCAGUUUCUGUGGUGUAAAGUACUCCCACUGUGACUGAUUUCAAGCUUCCACUGUGGCAUUGAAAAGAGAUGCACACAGUUGACUCAGAGCCAGUGCCAGCAACCCACUGCAUUGACUCUACUGUAGUGUGGAUUUUCACAUAAUUUCUAAAAUAAAUCUUUCUUGAUAUGCUGAUUUUUAAAAAUACAAAAUUAAAACCAUAUGUCUGACUACUUUUCAGUAAUCUUUUUUUUUUUAACCAAUUUGUCAUAGUGCUUUUGUAGUCUUACAUUCCUCAUGGCAUUUUGUGUGUUCAAAAGUGGAUACUUCCACUGAUUUUUUAUAUAUUUUUUUUCAGGUACAUAAUUGAAGAAUCCAGAGGCCUUCAAAAGGUCAACCUUAAACUUCUUAGAAUUAAAAUAUAGGUUCAAUUUUUUUCCCAACAUUUUGACAUUCUUAAUAGGUUAAAACAUUUUUUUUUUUCUCAAAUUUCGGUGGAGAAAGUAAGCCCAUGUGUCUUUAAAAGGAUACUGGAUUUUUUUAAAAAAACUGGAAAAAUUCCUUGAAGACGUACAGUUUUAGAGAUCAAAAAAAGGUAGGACUGACUGUUGAAUCUCUUUACCUGGCACAGUUUCUAGUUCUCUAUAUUAUUUAUCAGACAUGGAGGGGAAAAUAAAUCAGAGACUUGGAAUUCUGGAAUUGUAACUCAAGGCUAUUGACAGAGUAUCACUUCAGUUCCAUUCACACCUGGCAUUGUGUGAUGUCUAGUCUAACUAUUGUUUCAUACUUAUCUCAAAAAUCGUUUUGUGAUUCCAAAGUUCUCAAAAGUAGCUUUGUAUGUUUCUGGUGAGGCAAUCAUUGAAGUUUCAGAAAAACAGUCUCCAAACCUUUUGAACAAACACUUGGAUCAGUAAAAAGUUUUUGAACAUAAAUUCCUUAUUAAAAAUGCAUAUGUACAUGUUAAUUUAUAUAGCACUGUACUAAUUAAUUCAUGCAUUAUAAAACAAACAAAAAUAGAAAUUAAGGAUAGCAUAAAAAGUAAAUAUUGAGUAGAAGUUCUAAUAUUUUCUUCCUGCCAGUUUUUUUCAGAUAGUUUCUGGAAACAUACACUCUACUUUAAAGACCACUGAUUCACAUUAUUGUUUCUCAGUCUAAUCUUGAACAAAAAAAGAUGUGUAUGCUUUUGUUACGCUACAUGGAAUUACAUGUUUUAUUUUCAUGUAAAAUCUUUAGAAGAGAUUUGGAAUUUUUCAGGAGAGCUUGUCAUCAAUUUCAAAUUAUUUCUUUUUUCACAAGCUGCCAAAUAACCCAUUGCUAAAUGUUUCCUAGAACUUCAUGCUUAUCAUUUUUGACAGCUUGGUGUCUCUUUCCACUUCAUAUUAGGUAUAGCUCUAUAUUUCUAUUUUAUUAGUCUGUUUAUAAAUUAUUUUAGGCUUUAUGUUAUAUUUUAGCAACAGAUUCAGAAUUAUUACAAGUUACUUGAUGUUAAAAUAUAUAACAGCUUUCAUUUUCUUGCUGUAUUAGUAAGUGGUGUAUGUGUAUGACAUUUUAGCAUCUGAAGGGACACUUUUCUUGCUAGGUCUUUUCUAUUUAUCACUUCAUUAACUAUGUAUAUUUUACUUACACCAUGCCAGAAAUUUGGAAUUGUGCUGC